UAAAAAUAAUUUUGAAGAUGAUACAAGAAAGCUUUUAGAGAGUCCAUCACCGGUCGACUUUGACGUAUACCUACCGUGGGCCUGCAAACAACUGCUAAUGGAAGCUAAUGUUGUUAUCACUCGUACUUAUCGAAGUAUGUACCAGUCAGGCAGAGAAAAUACAAAAACCAAAAGCAAAUUUAUACCCAAAAUUCCGACUGAAAUCGAUUCCAAUGAGACUCUACCUCACAAUUUAACAUCCAACCUCAAUGAAAUCGAUGUGCCCAGCGAUGAAAUAACCGUUUACAUUGAAGCUGUUUAUGACGAAUACAACAAACUAGUUCGAUUAAACUUCAAUAAAAAGAACACUAUUAAAAUACCAAGACUGAUAUUUAAAAUAAUUGGUCUUAUACUGCAUUUCCAUACGUCACUGUCUUCCAUUAUCAUUAGCAGUGGUGCACAUGCUGCAGCGAUUUACGAAAUAUCAAAAUUUUUACCCAAAUCUAAUAUAACUGAAAUAUGCCUCGACUACACAUACGUCCCUGAAGGGAACUACCAUAUACUAUUGAAACAUGAUAAUUUAAAACAUUUAUCUUUGUCGAAAUGUAACGUUAACGAUGCUACUCUUCAACUAAUUGCCUCUGAGUUAUUACGAAUGAACCCAACUCCUAAACUAUGUGCUCUGAAUCUUGCAACGAAUCAAAUCACAGAUGUCGGAGCAAAAUGUUUAGCAGAAGUAUUGCGAAGCAAUAGAAACAUCGGCUACUUGAAUUUAUCAGAUAACAUGAUAAGUGAUGAUGGAGCAAUAAGUAUUUUCAAUAUACUUAUGGAAUUCCCAUUAACUCCUGAAGAAGCGACUGAGAGAAGGAGUAGACUAAUGGUUCGUUUAAUAGAAAGAAACAACCUAUUACAAAAAACGAUGAAGAACAUGCAAGAGGAUGGUGAUUUGGCUGAAAAAAAGAUGGCUAGACGAAAAGCAGUUAAACCGCCACUUACAAAUGCAUUGAAGAAGAAGAUAGACUCUGAGAAUACAAUGACUAAGAGUAUGGAAAUGAUAUUGUAUGAAAGAGCAGAGAUUAUCGUAGAUAAUUUAAUGGGUCCAGGUAAUGAUCCGUUCAGUCCAGGUAAUGUUGAGUUUAGAGGGACAACAGUGUAUUGUUUGGGUAAUAAUGUUUUAAGCUACUUGAAUAUAGCGUACAACAAUCUCUCUAAUUUAAGCAUCAAGAAACUUUGUGAUGUGUUGAAGCAGCAGAAGCUUCUCGCCAGAAGACCUAGAGGUUUAGUCAACGUUGUCAUCGAAGGUAAUUACUUGUCUGAUAGUUGUUCGGAGUUGAAGUUCAUUGAUGAUUCAUUGGGAGCUAUUUUAUCUACAUUUCGAAAAGCAUCAACAACUGAUUUCAGAAGGAAAUCUGUUAAUCCUGGACUUAGUUCUAAAUAAAAUAUGUCAAAUCAAGCUUUUAUGCAGCUUAGUAAGAACAACAUCACAUACUUUAUGAUGCCUCA